UGCGUGUUCCGCUUCCGGUGCAUCUGUGUGCCAGCUUCCGUGCAUCAUCUCGGAGCGAUCAAGUUUUGCUGCUGUUUGGACUUUCCUUGUGUCCUAAGUUGAUGCAGUUGAAACCUCGUAAUUAUAAUGGAGAUAGACAACUACUGUUUUCAGCAGUCCGGGGAUUCUCCCGAUCUGGAGUUUGUUUAUGAUGACGCCGACUCGCACGAAAAUGAGAUCGCCGAGCUAUACACGUACACGGAAGAGGCCGAAUUUUUUCUCAACAAGAAAGCGUUCGAAGAUACUAUGAAGGAAUAUGGAUUUGAACCAAAAUGGCACACGUUAGACGAAACAGCCCGACAGGAUGUAGCACUGCGACUGAUGGAUGGCGUGGAAGUCAGUCCCCGUGCUGCGCGGAUGCAGGCCGUGCGCUCCAUCCUCUACAUCAUGCAAGGAGCCUUCGGGGAGUGUACCACACACGAGGAACAGCCACUGAGGGCGCGACAAAACGUAUUUCUCCUGUAUCGACACGGCUUCUUCCACGUCUUUCUUCAGUUGCUGAGCAUGGAAAUCGAAAACAGCUCUGCUGCCACGUCCGCCCUAAGAAAGCCAGCCGUGUCACUGGGUGACAGUACGGACCUGCGAGCGAUCCUGAGUGUCCUGUACAUAUUCGUUGAAGUGAUGCGCGUCUCCACCGAGACCGACACCGACGACAUGAAGCGAGAUCGCGCAAACUUUGCCAGCGAACUAGCCCUACCUUUGCUGGGCGAAGAGCUGCUGGCCGUCACCCUGUUCCAGAUGAUCAUAAAGUUCUGUAGCGGUGCCACCCCCCAUUUCCCGAUCAAGAAAGUCCUGCUGUUGCUCUGGAAAACCAUUCUGGUUUCCCUAGGUGGAACGCCGCAGCUGCGGGCACUGAAGGCCCAGUACCGGGAGGCUCACCAGCUGCCUCCCGCACCCGAGGACACGGUGGAAGUGGCUCGCACCAUGCGUGCCUCCUCGCCACCGAGCUCGGCCGCUGACCUCAUCGAAGCCCAGCAGCAACGAAAGACCAGCCGGCCCUUCAAGCGGCAGCAAAGCCUGGUGAAGCAGAGCAGCAUGGAUGACUUUCAAGACCUGGACGGGGACUCGGGCGCCGACGAGGAACUCCGAGACAUGGAGGAGCGACAAUCGAUGCCCCUGGAACCCCAAGGCCCUGGUUUGCAAGAGGACCCCGAAUCGGCACCCACCUUUCGGCCGUCGACCCCGGCACCGGGAGCCACCGAAAGCCAAAGCGGGGAGCUGCCGCCCCAGCAGUCGACGGGCUCCACCACGAACGAACCGCCGCCGGGGGAGGACACCGGCGGCUUCCCCUCGGUGCUCUCGCAGGCCAGUGCGGCCCUGGGGCUGCCCUGGGUGCCCAAGGUGCGACCCAAGGACAUCAAGGAGUUUCUGGACGCGACGCGACUCAAGUUUGUCGGCUACCAGUUGCCCGACGACCAGACCUCUUUGGCGGGCCUGCCGGAGCCCAUCCACGAGGGGCUGCGGGUGCUCAAACAGCACAUGUACACAUCGCUGGCCGAGGUUCAAAUGAAGAAAGAAGAGGACAUCGCCAAGCAUCCCUUAUCGAUGAAGGAGCAUGAAAUACCACUUACGCCAACCGAAAUCCUGUACCAAGCCAUGCUACCCAGCAUGCCACAGUACAUGAUCGCGCUGCUGAAGAUUCUUCUCGCCGCUGCGCCGACUUCCAAGGCCAAGACAGAAUCUGUGAACAUCAUGUCUGACGUGUUGCCUGAAGAAAUGCCCGUCACCGUCCUACAGUCGAUGAAGCUGGGCAUAGACGUGAACCGUCACAAGGAGAUCAUCAUCAAGGCCAUCUCAGCCAUCUUGUUGCUCCUGCUCAAACACCUCAAGAUCAACCACGUGCUCCAGUUUGAGUACAUGGGUCAGCAGCUCAUGUUCGCCAACUGCAUUCCCCUGGUGCUGAAAUUCUUCAACCAGAACAUCAACUCCUACAUUGCGGCAAAGAACACGGUGUCCGUGAUCGACUUUGCAGCGUGUGUAAUCGGGGAACAGCCAGAGUUGACGGCAGAGACACUGGAGAUCGGUGAGCAGCAGCCGUACUGUUGGCGCAACAUGUUCUCCUGCAUCAAUCUCCUGCGAGUGCUCAACAAACUAACCAAGUGGAAGCACUCGCGAAUCAUGAUGCUGGUGGUGUUCAAGUCGGCGCCCAUCCUGAAGCGGGCGCUGAAGGUUCGCCACGCGACCCUACAGCUGUACGUGCUCAAGCUGCUCAAGAUGCAGACCAAGUACCUGGGUCGCCAGUGGCGAAAGUCUAACAUGAAGACCAUGUCGGCCAUCUACCAGAAAGUCAGGCACCGCCUCAACGAUGACUGGGCUUAUGGAAAUGACCUCGACGCGCGCCCAUGGGACUUCCAAGCCGAAGAGUUCUCGCUCCAGGCGAACAUCAACAACUUCCACACCCGCCGCUACGACAAGCCUUCCUCCGCCUCCUCAACCCAGCAGCAGCAGCAGCAAGACCUGGUCAAUGACUUCCAACCAGUGGACAACAGCUUCCUCUCGGUGCUCGGGCGCGACGUGGAACUGAGCCCCGAGUUCAAGCUCCACUACCAGCAGUGGCUGCAGGGCGACGUGUUCCGCACCAACGUCGACUGGGACCUGCUGCUCUGCCCGGGAUACCUGUGAACCUGCCGGCUCUCAACGUCGUCAACUUUCUCCUUUCUUUCUCCCUUUCGCACUCAUCGUCAUCAUACCUCGAUUAGUCGUCCCGCCCGACCCGCGCGUCAUUCAUUUGCGGUUUUACUCGUCUCCCAGCGCAGCGAGACGUGCAGGUGCAUUGCUUUUAAUAUUUUAGCCUCUGGCAUCUUUUCCUUGUCUCGCCAAAGGUGUCUGGUGAGAGUUAAACAAGGUGAAACAAACAGGGCAUUGCUGCAGAUAAACGGAUGAUGUCUACGUACGGACAUAGUAGACAGCUUGAACGUAUGCUUUUGUCCGUGCCGUUCGUUGUACGGAAAACGUACCGAAAAAAUGGUAAUGAAAUAAUACAAUAUUCGCACUUUUGUGCUUUCCACUUUAUCUGGACCUGUGAGAUCUUGUUAGGAGUGUGGUUAUACUGGUUGUUGUUGGACAGUUUCGCUCAAACCCCUCGCUCUUUAGUUAGAAUUCCUCAAAACCAUAGCGCGGAAGCUUUGUUCUGGCCUUCUGCGGUUGAGCCCAACUAUAAGACGCCUAACUGCAAUGAAUUCUCAUCUCGCCGGAGUUUUUUGUAAAUGCGGGAAGAGUGAUAAGUUGGGCCAAUUGGUUUCUUUUGAGACUUGUGUUUGCUAGCACAAAAAUGCGCACAGUGUAAAGGCAACAGAUGCCAAUGAAUAACAUACACUGUUGAAACGAUCAAUACAGGGUCAUCACACUUCGAUAUUUUCCGACGAGCUGGUAGCCCAGUCGCUAUCCAUUGGCAUCUCUAGUUUCAUCAGUGCCGCAGCUGUUUCUUGAUCCACGAGAUUCAAAUCGCACUGCACUCGCAAAAUAUCUUCCUGUAGAAAGCACUUCACUAGCUGGCAUAAAAACUGCAAUGGUUUUCUGCUGCGUGGUUUUUCAUUCCGGUGUCGCUCUAUUGCCCAUGCCGUACCUUCCCUAAACGAGAGGCUCGGUUGUUCACGCAAGCGUGUGGCAGACUGUGUGGUUCCUUGCACGCCCAGGACAUGUUUGUUCCAGUACACUCAAACCUCGAUAUAAUGAACACGGAUAUAACGAAUUAUCGGUUAUAACGAAGUAAUUGACGAAUAGUCUUGUCAUAUAUACUGUGUUACAAAUAAACGUUUAUAACGAAUUUUCGGAUAUAACGAAGUUAUUUUCAUGGCAGAUGUGGCUUUGUUAUAAUGAGGUUUGAGUGUAUUACAUUUUUACUACACAGCCAUUUGAGUACAUACAGGCUUCUUAGUGUUACUUCCAAGAAACUGCCACACAGCAUUAUCCCAUAACGUUCUGCCACACGUUUAUGAUUUUUCCUGUUUUUUUCGCAGUGCAUGUCAAAGUGUUGCCUGUUGCAACAAAUGACUCUGGCUAUAUGAUGCAUCUGGUUGCUGCUGUCUUGCAUCGUUUAAAGAGACACUAAAGAGAAAUGCUAUUAUAGCUGUAUUAGUUAACUGCAUAUCUACAGUGCCAACAAAGCCACUACCGUUCUCGUUUGUAACAACGUAGUGAGCCAGAAAAGACACGAAAACGAAGACGGGUGACCGCGUAGUUAAGUUUUUAUUGAAUCUUGAAUGCGUUUUGUUCCAAAACACCGAAAGGCUACACUUUGCAACUUCAAGAACUUUUAUUUAGCCAGAACUCUGGGAUGUAGCGAGGAUUUCACUGUUGAGGGUGUACUGCACACCAGUCUUUUUUUUUGUGCCAGAGUGUACGUAGCGUGUGCAGUACUCACGGAUUGAAACACAGUGAUUUAGGGCCAAGCAAUUCACAUGCUUUCGUUUCAACCGUCUUCAGUUUGUGUCCUAUUAGCGUAAUUUUUACUCAAACGCUUACAUCAGGGUCAACGUGACCUUUAGCAGCCAGAUUCGUAGCGACAUGACGUGCUUUUCUCGAGCACUUGCACAUGGCAGUCAUUAUACUAAAAGUUUUGAUGUUUCGUUGCAAUCCGUGUGUACUGUACUCUCCAAGCCAAACAAGAUGCACCUUUCUGCCACUUCACAAUGACUGUCAUCUAUUUCGCGUACUUGCCCUUGCAUUAUUGCCGCGCGCCCGAUACUUCCGAAUCACAAACGUCGUGCGUACAUUAGCAUGACGUAGCACUCUUUGUUGGAAAGUAGCGGGUGCUUUUGAGAAAGGAAAUGCCAGGAAGUCAGAUGACGAUUAUUGUUGUGUGGCGGAAAGACAUCCCAAAUUAAGCUAUUUGACUAAGCAUGUAACAUAAAUGUACAUCACGGGCAAACAAAAGUUUCGACCCCUCCUCCCUCGUAUGCGAACGCCAAAACAGUGCCAGUGCAAAACAGUCUGUCAAAAUCCAUGACAUCACUCUGACAUACCAGCGCUGGAGUGUCGAUAUAAAAUUAAAAAGUUAUCACUUUAAAUAGCCGACCUAUUACCCCGAUUUCCGAGUACAAUAGUUUCAAAAUGAUGCUUAAACUAAUUUUGCGUUUCACUUCAGUGUCUCUUUAAGACGAAGCUUGAGCCAAGAGCUCCCCCCCCCCUUAGAAAACUUCUAUGCAAAUAACGUGUGUGUAAAACGCACGUGUCGUUGGAAGGAACAGCUACUCAGUCAAUUUGAUACAGGAUUUUUCUGUGUUUGAAUGAUGCAAUAUCUUUGUUAUUGGUGAUCAGUCGAGUUUUUCAUUGUUCCAGCUGUUGCCCAAUUUAAACGUACUUUGUGUAUUCUAAUCGGGCUUAAAAGUCGAAAUCUUUCUCUCAGCACUAAGUGUGCUGACCGUUGGACAGAUUGCGCCAGUUACGUGGGCAUGUUAGCCAAGGUUCAGCUGAUGCUCAGUGAAGGUCUGACUGGUGGUUGUGGUUAUUCUAUUAACCCUGCUAACUGCUCAGAGGAGAUUUAAUUUAAAUUAGUAACACCAUAUUUGUUAUAAUUGCCAUUGGCUGAUAGUACUGUUCUGUUUAAGAAAUCAAUAGAGUCAGGAAAGAAUUUUGAGAGUAAGUGUUACACCAAGCAACCAGUGUUCGCAGGCACAUUUUCCUUGAGGCCCUUUCCCCUCCCCCUUAAUUUUUUCAUUCCUCAUUUAAAAGUCAUCUUCAACAUGCAACCAUGAGCUCAAUUUGUUUGCCGUGUCGUGAGUUGUUUUAAUUUCUUAUAACUGUUUCGUUAGAUUUCAUUAGGACAUGUUGCAGUGACUAAUUCGAGCCAUUUGGUGCUAAAGUGCACCAGUACAAACUCGCAAUACCUGCCAAAAGCUUUUUUUCUUGUUUUGCUGUUUUCACUGCUUUUGAAACACACUGAAGAUGUGUGACUAGCUCCUACUUGAACCUCACUGCAGAACCACAGUCCACAUUAUUGCAGCGUCACAAAUCCCAGUGAACAAUCGUUUCCUGCUGGCACCAUUCACAGAACCUGGGUUUCCUCUUCUCUACAUGUUAGACACAGUUUCCGAAAGAAAGAGCCUUGCCGUGUAGACUUUCCUCCCCAGGAAUGUCAAGCAGUCUUUUCAACCUGGCUUGCAUUGCCUUAAGCGCAUGUGCUCGUCAGUAAGUGGACAGUGGAGAUAACCGUAAGCACACAUCAAAAAGUGUGCGCGGUUUGAUUUCAAGCAUGUUAGGCACGAAGAUCUAAAAGUGCAAAAUUCUUCACGUGUAGUUGCCACUUCAGUAAUGCAUUUCUGCUAAAAUUUACAGCGCUCAUACGGGACGUAACGAAAGAAACGCAACGCUACAUCCAGUCCAUUUAAGCGCUGUAAAUUUGAACAAAAGUGUAUUACGAUAUAGCUCAACUAUCAGCAAUGCUUCAAUAAUGUGCUUUCUGCGUCGUCUGGCAGCAAGUUACACAACGGUCAGUCUUGAGCAGCCAGCUAUAUCGAAGUGAGAGCUCAUUUUUCACAAAAUCAAAUGUGCCAGAGAAUAGGCGGUACGUAGGCUAUUGAAACGGGAAGUUCUGGGUGGAGCCGGUCCUUGGAAACAUUACUUAUUGUGAUUUUUGCCAAGUCUGUGGAGUAUGGUGGUGCAGUAUUGUUAUAACAGUCUGCUGCAUCCAAAAUGUUGAUCCGAGUUUCUUGUUUGCUGGAAAUUUUACAAAGCGUAACGUUGCAAGCGUAUGCUCUUGCAAAAAUGUUUAAACAAGACAAAGAUGUCCACAGCAGACGUUGUACAAGGUCCGGGCAGAUUCGUAUUGGAGAGAAAAAAUGUGCAUGGAACCACUCUAUGAGUAGACCUCAAAUGACUGCCAGUCAGGUGUGCACACUCUAGAUGAACUGCACUAAUUAUGUUGAAGAUUAUGAUUAGCUUUCCAUGGUUAACUAUGCAUUGAUUGUGGAAUCCAUUGAUGUGUGGGGUCUAAUGACACAAAAGCCAUGUAUGGAAAAGAGUGCCAAACGUGACACAAUUUAACAAUUGUACAACUUGGACUGUAAAAGAGCUUUUAAAAGCUGAGACUAUACAUGCGUAUAGUGUAUGGUUUUAAAGUGUGGGCAUGCUCUAUGUAGUGUGUGUUGAUCGAUUAUGUGAAAUCUGAGUCAAUUGACCCCUAAACCUGUGUGAGUCAAUUGACCCCAAUUAAGGCAAAGUAUAUAGGCUUAAAGUAUGGACGUGCACUGUGCUGUGUGUGUUCGAUAAUUUUGUCAAAUCCGUUUCAUUAUCAGUGGAACCCAAUUAAGGCAAUGACGCAUUGUGGGAAAGUUGCCUUGGCAUUAAUACAAGAGGGCUAUGUAGCACAAUCCUCCCCACCAGCCGAGAGGAGAGUACCGAAGAAAAAAAAAACCAUGGGAUGUCGAGAACAACUUCCAUAAGCACGCCGCUAAUGGCCGUGCUAUGACAAGGUCAUCAAACUCGAUGGCCAACGACAUUUUAUCGACAUUUGCUUUAAGCCGUAGAUGCACUUAGAAACGGGACGACAACUGCGGCCUCCGGUGCCGAAGACGGCCGAGGUCUGGCAUUUUUCGUAGAAUGCUACCACCGGGGGGCAGCGGAUGUUUAGAAAUAUUUAUUUGGACGCGAGUGUUCAACCUCAUUGCCACUUGCUUUCUGUACAUAGAUCGGUGUUGUGUGCUCUGUAAAAAAUGCAAAAUUCUAGUAUCGAGUCAAUAAAAUUGGUGAUCACCAGAUUGG